AUGGAUCACAGUACAUAGCCUUAAAAAUCUAGAUCUAAAUGCAAAAAAUUCUUCAAGCCUAUAGAUAUCUAUGGAAAGCCUAUUUCAUUGACGUACGGUGGAAGAGAAUAAUUUAAAACGACAUUUGGGGGCUCAGUUUCAUUUCUUGUUGUUCUGCUAUUUUUGAGCGUCACAUUUUACAAGCUAAACGACAUGGUUAAUAAAAACUUAACAGUUGUAAAGAAAAAUACUCUUGUAAGUAUCUCUAAUUCCUACACUCCUCCAGAGGAUUUAUCGAAGAAGCAUAUAACAUUUGCAUUUAUGCUGUCAAAUAUCAGAGCUAGUGAGGUAUUUGAUGACAAAAGGCAUGGCUAGUUUCAUUUGACAUAGGUAGAGGUAGAAAUCAAGCAAAACUUAGAGGAUGGUACAUUUUAUAGAGAGUUUAUAAAUUCUGAUGUCCCCAUCUCGAACUGUGAAAUAGGAAGAAAUUUCUUUUAUCCAAAUAUAGAAGAAGUUACUUAAUACAACACACAAAAUUAUUUUUGCCCUGAUUGGUAAAAUCUCACAAUUUAAGGAAGCUGGUAUUCUCCAGUAUUUAAAUAUGUUCAGCUUACUUACUAGAGAUGCGAUAAUUAAAACUGUUCAGAUGAGGAAGAGUUCCAGUAAUGGUUCUAAGGGAAAUGGAUUUAAUAGAUCAUUAUAAGUUCAUAUUUUAACAUUGGUGAUUAUGAUGAACCUGUUAAGUACUUUCUAGAUGACAGCUAUCAGGCGGUUGAGUAUGGCAGAACUACUUAUAACAAUGUAUUCUUCAAGAAAAAUGAACUCAAACUUAGCGAUAAUUUAAUUGGAUUUUUCAAUGACCUUAUUUAAUAAUACUUCUAUUAGAUGUCUGUGAACAAGGUUUUCUAUUCAUCAGAUACAGGAGGAGUAGCCAAAGGCAUAUAUUAUAGAUAAGAUGUAAAACUAGACAAGGAAUAUGAUGUUUACGAAAGGCAAGUUUAUUCAAUCAGUUCACUUUUACAAUAUGUAGGAGGCAUUUACAACUCCUUAUUCUUUAUUGGGCUAUUUAUUCUUUCAAGAUUUAGAAGCUCAUUAUACUUUGCAUCACUGAUCAGUAAGCUAUAUCAAAUUGAACACUUAAAGAAAAAUAAUUUAAAUGGGAUACAGAAAGAAAAAAUGAUCCUCGAUUUAGAAAAUUCAUCAGCAAAAAUAAUGGAUAUCUCCUAAGAGUUUGCAAGGUUGAAUUCUUAAACUUCUAGGAAAUAUGCUGAGAAUUUAUAAAAAGAAAUAGAGUCCAAUAAUUGGAAUGUCACUGCAAUUAUUGCUAAAAAGCUUAUAAAUUAUCUUGGAAAUAGAUGGAGAUUAAGCAUUACCACUAAGGAUGUAUUAAGUUUUUCGUUCUAAAAGUUUCAUCUUUGCUGUAGAUAAAAGCAUUUGAAUUCAGAUUCAAUCAUGCAAAUCAGGAAAAUCAUUUUAUUCAAUAAGGGUCAAAAGAAAGUUAAAUAAGAGCUAGAUGCUAUAAAUAUUAUUAAUAGACUUAGGAAACUAGAUUUAUUGCUUUCCUUAUUCUUAUCAAAAGAUCAAUCAUUUUUACUCUAAUUCUAGAAGAAAAACUUGAUUUAAGAAAAUGAUUCAUCAUCAGAAGAUGACAGAAAAAAUCCUUCGAGAAUCCUUAGAAAAUUUUCUAGCUAAUAUUUCAGGAGGAAUCAAGAUAGGAAUACGCUAAAAUAGUUGGAGGAAGCAGUGUAUCAAUAUUCACAGAAUGAAAAAUUAGAAAUGAUAGAUAAAAAGAUCCUCAAUGGGUUAUUAACCAAGAAGAAAAUAAGUGAAUCCUAAAGUUUAUCCACCAUUAAAAAAAUCUAGUUAAAAGAAAGUAUGAAUGAAUCAUCAGAUUUUGGUAUCAAUAAGAUUGAAUAUGGGAAAUCCUCCCCAGAAAAGUAAAAAGAGCAGAAAGCUGCAAUAACUAGAGACAACAACAACAAUGAAAAUAUUCUUGGCAGUUUGGAGUAAAAAAAUCAGGGACUCUAAAUAUAAUUUCAACCUCUUAAAACAAAAAAGAAUAGGAAGACUUUGAUUUAAAAUAAAAAGAUUUUCAAGCAAAGUUGCACUGAUGUUGCUAAAAAUGAAAAGGGCAAGUAGGGAACCUAAAAUAACUUAAAAUUGGAUGAUAUUUUAACUGGAAAUGACUGA